CAGUUGCUCCGAGCAGCAAAAAUCGCUGCGUGCGAGCAGCGGCAUGUUUCUUAACCAGCUCUGGCAAAGCGGUCACAUUUCUUCACAGGGAUGGUGGUCGCGACGUUACAGGUACACUGCGGGCGGCCCUUUCCAUUCCGCUCGUCCUUACAUUCCGUCUGUGCGUCAGUUCUCUCCGGAGAGCGAAGGAAAAGACUCCAUGCAAAAUCUGAACGAGCGCCUUGCCUCAUACUUGUACAAGGUGUCCGAGUUAGAGGCAUCAAACCAGAAACUUGAACAUCAGAUCCAGGAGUAUGUCAACAAGAAGGCGCCUGGGGAGCACCGAGAAUUCACAGCGAAGUUUCAAACCAUCACUGAGCUUCGCCAGCAGAUCACUGACUACUUCUGUGCAAUUACGAAGUUAAAUCUGCAGAUUCAACAUGCCCAGUUUGAAACUCAAGACUAUCAAAUCAAGACUGAUGAGGAGGCGAAGAUGUGCCUGUCCUCUGAGAUGGAGGUCCACCUGCUGCAGGCGCUCCAGAGAGAUGGAGAGGCCCAGAAUGCCGAGCUGGAGUUUGAGCUCAGUCAGAAAGAAGAGGAGCUGGCCUACCUGAGUACAGAGCACCAGGAUAGACUUCUUGAGGUCCGCUCACUGGAAUCUGGUUCUGUGAAUGUGGAACUAGCCACCAAAGAGUCUGCGGAUCUGAUUCAGGAGCUUCAUCACAUCAGAGAGCAGUGUAUGGCUGUGGUCCAGAAAAACCAACGGGAGGUCGAGAAAUGGUUUGAUAAGAAGAUGAGUGAGCUUCAGGCCCAAGAGACACACAACUCGACAGAGACUGAAUCCAGCACAACGGGUCUGUGCGAGCUCAAGCAAACUUUCCAGAAUCUAUCCAUUGAGCUUCAACAACUGCACUCUCAGAUGUCGUUCCUAGAGCAAAACAAGAUGGAGAUGACAACCAGGUAUAGCCAGUGCCUCCUUCAGUAUCAGAUGAGGGUGAACAGCCUGGAAGAUGAGCUUCGAAGGCUUCGCUCAGACAUCAACCAGCAGGGGACAUUAUAUCAGCAGCUACUUGACAUCAAGACUCACCUGGAACUAGAGAUUGCACAAUAUAGGAAGAUCCUGGAUGGAGAGGGCAUCAGUGAGUGUGUUUCCGGCUCAAACAUCAGUGCUGUCACCUCCAAGCACACCUCCAGCAUCGACACCGGUUUUAAAGCCAGUACCACAACCUACAGUGCUCUAACAAAUGGCUCACUUGACCACAAACAGACGUCUAGUUCAGCGGUCUCCUCCUCCAGUGCCGAAGGACGCACAGAAAAAACGAGAAGAGAGAUCAUUCAAAGCCGCUUCCUGGGUGAAGGGUCAACUAGCACUUUGGUGGUGCAAGAACAGAUAAUUAUUUCAAAACAGAACAAACCAGUUGCCAGUGAGAGGGAACAACCAACAUUUACAAAGAGUGCCUCUAGUGUCCAAAGAUCUACCAUUAGUAACCUUCAUAACACAGCAAAAACCACAUCUCAGAUCAGUCAUGUUGACAGUCAGGCUAGCGCAGAAUCUCAGGUUCCUAAAAGCUUGUCAGACCAAAUUGGUCAUGCAAAAGAUGCCACUAUCAGCAUUCAUACCACUAAGACAGUAGAGAUUAAGAAUACUGCUAAUCCAGCUGAUUCUAGGCCUGAAGAGAGAUCAGUUGAAGUUAAGUCAGUAUCAGAGUCACAAACAAACCUGGCUAAUGCUGAAACGCAGGUUAUUAAAGCAGGAAAGAACACAGCUGAAAAACGAACAAAGACUAGCAUUUUUGAAAAGGUCAUGGCGUGGAAUGCUCCCCAAGAUCUGGCAGAUAUGAACAUUGAAGAAAGUGACAUUGAGGUAUUAGCCCCAGAAAGCACUGUUGAGGUAAAGACCACUAAAAAUGCAGUUGUUUCUAGUGCUAUGGGAAGUCUACUGAAUACUGGUACUGCUACCGGUGUUGUUGAGUCUAACAUUGUCCAAGGUCAUAUUGAGAUAUCGGCUCCUGAAAGCAUUGUUGAGGUUGCGACUACUAGAACAGUAGUUGGUACAAGUGCUAUGGAAAGUCUACUGAAUGCUGGUAUUGCUAUUAGUGCUGUUCUGUCUAACAUUGAUCAAGGUCAAGUUGAGACAUCAGCUCCUGACAGCUGUGUUGAACUUAAGACUACUAGAACUGUAGUUGGUACAAGUGCUAUGGAAAGUCUACUGGAUACUGGCAUUGCUACAAGUGCUAUUGAGUCUAACAUUGUCCAUGGUCAAGUUGAGAUAUCAGCUCCUGAAAGCAUUGUUGAGGUUGCGACUACUAGAACAGUAGUUGGUACAAGUGCUAUGGAAAGUCUACUGAAUGCUGGCAUUGCUACUAGUGCUGUUCUGUCUAACAUUGUCCAAGGUCAAGUUGAGACAUCAGCUCCUGAAAGUACUGUUGAAGUUAAGACUUCUCGAAGUGUAGUUGGUACAAGUGCUAUGGAAAGUCUACUGAAUACUGGCAUUGCUACAAGUGCUAUUGAGUCUAACAUUGUCCAAGGUCAAGUUGAGAUAUCAGCUCCUGACAGCAUUGUUGAGGUUGCGACUACUAGAACUGUAGUUGGUACAAGUGCUAUGGAAAGUCUACUGAAUGCUGGCAUUGCUACUAGUGCUGUUCUGUCUAACAUUGAUCAAGGUCAAGUUGAGACAUCAGCUCCUGAAAACUGUUGA